AUGGCGGACAGUGAGGCAGGGCCAUCGGGCGUAAGACCAAAAAGAACUGGUUUGAAACGAAAAAUAAAGGAGCCUUUGAACGAUGCAGAGCUGGAGCGCCUUUUAUACGACUCUGAUGAUGAUCUGGAUUCAUUUGCAACCGAAAGUGGAGAUGAAGAUAGCGACUAUUACCCCGAUGAUGAUGAAAUGGAAGCCUCUGUACAACCAUCCAUCUUAGAUGAUUCUGAUGAGGACUCGAACGAUAACCCCAUACUGCAACCUACACCAGCUGUUCAAAACGUACAGGUUGCUGCAGGACUUGCUACUCCACAAGCAGUGGCACAGCCUCAUAACAAAGAUAAAAUGGCGGUAUUCAAAUCUUCAGCUGACACAUGGAUGGGAGAUGUAGAAGAUACAAAUCUAUUUUACUUUUGGAAAUUUUUAAAUGAAAACCAAAAACAUACUGAUGAUUUUGAGGAUACCGAUUUACAGUUAACAAUUCAGGAAGAACAAAUUCAGGAGUCUGAUUCAAAUAAUCAAGAAAGACAAACAUACCCAGAAUACAAUCAAAAUUCCCAGCUAGUAGAAAUGGGCCAUCAAGAUGACGUGAUAGAAAUAAUAACCCUAGAGCAGCCAGAGCCAGACAGAGAAGCAGAAAUAGCUUUAUUUACAGAGAUUGCUAAAGCCAAAGAAGUUCUAGGUUUGACAGAUGAAAAUUAUAAAGUAAAUUCGUCACUUUUAAACCUGAUCGACGACAAUGAUUUGAAUCUGACCGCUGAAGAUUUAGAUUUAGGCAUAUUUUCAAGUACCUCCUUAUUAAAAAACAAUUCUCCAGAUACUUUCUCGAGCCUAUGUGAUGAAAAGGAAAAUAAUCAGUCCAGCCAGAAAGCACAGACAUUGAACAAGAUUGAUAAUCCCACAAGUUCAAUCCAAGAAAAUCGAGAAAAGGCAAUUGAACCUAGAUCGCAAGAGGCUGAUAAAAUCUUGGAAAAUGGAAAUAAUAACUAUGAUAUGAAUCUGACUGCUGAAGAUUUAGAUUUAGACAUAAUUUCAAGCUCUCCCUUCUUAGAAAACAAUUCUCCUCCAACUGCAAUAUUGAGCCUAGGUAAUGAAAAGGAAAAUAAUCAAUCCAGCCAGGAAGCACAGCCAACAAACGAGAUUGAUAAUCCAGCAAGUUCAAUCCAGAAAAAUCGAGAAGACGCAAUUGAACCUAGAUCGCAAGAGACUGAUAAAACCUUGGAACAUGAAAAUAAUUACAUAUCGGCUGCUGAAACAUUAGAAAAGUCACCAGAGAUCACUAAGGAAAACAUGCCGAAUGUCCCAACUCCAUUUAAAAAGCAGUUGUUGUAUCAGAAGAUUGGCAACAAUACGAAAUUGGAAAAAAAAGAAAAAUGUUUGGAAGAGAAAGAGAAACGCAAAAAAGCUCGACUGGAGAAAGAACAACAAAAAAGGAUACUAAAAGAACAAAAUGCAAUGGGAAGAAGGAAAAAAGGGAAAGCAACUAAAAUCACAGCAGUUUCAUCCGACAGUGAUACUGAAACUGAAAAAAAGGUUGUUUCAACUGAUUUUGAGAUAGAUGUAGGGGAUUACGUUAUUGUAAAGUAUAAUGAGGCUCAUUUCCCAGGAUGCGUCACUAAUAUACUAUGCGAGAAACAAAGCAAGGAGUAUACAGUUAAAGCAAUGGAGUCGAGCGGUCAAAACUGGAGAUGGCCUGCCAAAGAAGAUGUUCUCAAUUACCAAAGAAAAGAUGUGAUAAUUAAAAUAGAAAAACCAAAAAUUAUAAAUAAGAGAGGUUUUUAUGCAGUUCCUGAAUUAAAAGAUUUUUAA